AGUCAGCCAGUGAUGCAAAACCAUUCCACACCCAAAUCAACAACUUCAUCCAACUGUGAUUCAACAAACUUGCCAGCUUCCAGUGGCAAUACAUCCACAUUUGAUGUCAGAGCUAUCCUGAUUGACUCUUUUAACGGAGAGAACUUCGUGAAGGAAAUGGAUAAUGGAAUGCUUUCUGUACAAUCUCGCAAAAAGGUUGUGCGAAUCCUGGUGUCUUGGUUAAUACAAGAAUUUACAAGCAAGCCACCUACAGAUGUCAAGGUCGCUCUAGCCAAGGCGGUGGUGUCGCAAUUUCCCAAGCUAAAGGACCUUGAAGGAGUAGGUCAUGUGAGUAAAAUAUGUAUUUAUGCAUUUUAUAAAAUUAAACGAUGUAGAUCUACAUAGAAAUAACGAUGGAUUUGUAUUCUUUGCACAAUUCUUGAGGUAUGUGCAAAAUUUUGUGGCAAUCGGUCAG